AUGCAUACAUGGCACACAGUCUACCAGCACCUGGUGAACGACGACUCAGAGCGUGAGCUGGUACGUGUGUCUGCCCCGGACUGGUACAUUCCAGACAACGAGAGGAGCAGUCUGUUCUGCUGCCUGUCUUUCGGUCUCGAUAUGUCCGUGCCCGAGUACGCCGAAGCGCUUACGACCUACAUGGCUACCCUCGUGGACUUGACCGGACUGCUGGACGACGAGUACCUGGUCUCUGUAAGGAAAGGACUGAUGGCCCCGGGUGAGCUCGAGAUCUACGCGGCGUCGAAAAUGCACGGGUGGAGCAUCACCCUCAAGACUGUUGACGAAGGCAGCCGCCUCACCUUCAGCUUUGUCUAUGCUGCGGAGAACGCUACCAAGGAUGUUGUGCUUGUGCGCGGCGGUGGGUAUUUCGCUGUUGAGAUUGACGGAUGCCUGUUG